AUGCUGUUUUCACUGCGGUAUCGACGCUCGAUAGCCAAGAAAGAGUCAGUCUUGUUUCAAAGUCACGAAGAAGACGAUAUAUACGAUGCUAAAACCAAAAAGGCUGGAGUUCGCCAAAAUGGUGUGUCCAUACAUACGGGAGAAUGCAUGCAAUUGGCCAUGGUAACUUUACUAGGGGCCUGGAUCCGGUUCCGGAAUAUCGCUUUCUCGAACAUUAUCUUGGAAAGCGAGUUGGAGAUGUGUCGUCAAAUCAAUUGGUACAUGGAAGGCAAAUUUUUCAUUGGAUCGCAUCCACCGUUGGCGGGUCUCUUGUACACCAUGAUGGCCAAAAUCGCAGGUUACGAUGGCACCGAACUUAUCCUUUACGCAGGACAAACGGUGGAAAAGCUUCCCAUCACGCAACUACGUACUGUAUCAGCCACAUUAGGCACUCUAACCCUCGUGAUCGGGUACCUCACUGUUCGUUAUAUGGGUCACUCCCGGUUGGCCGCCAUGUUAACAGCAACUCUCUUGGCUUUUGAAAAUGGGAUGAUUACAGCAUCCCGUUUUAUGGCACCUGACAGCUUAUUUUCGUGUCUGUGUGCAGCAGCGGCCUUUUGUUGGUUGACAAUGGAUCCAAAGUCAUCAAAACAAGCGCGCCAUAAUGUAUUCCGAUCGCAAGUGCUCACCGGCCUGUUGAUCGGUUGCGCCAUAAGCGUAAAGUGGCAAGGUAUACUAUCCCUUGUAUUGGUGUGGUUAUGUACGGCCAGCGAUUUAUGGUAUCAAGUCACAGACCGUCGUAAUACGAUGGUGUCAGUGACAAAGCAAUUGAUUUCUCGAUUGUUCACCCUCGCUGCGCUUCCGUUGGCGACCUACCUUGCUAUUUUCCAACUUCAUUUCAAAUUGAUCCCCAAUUCAGGCGAUCAUGACCUUUUGUUAGGACCUCAGUUGCGGUAUCAUCUCGAAGGAAAUACUCCUCCGAUAUCCCAUUCUGAUGUCGCCUAUGGGUCCAAAAUUCUCCUCCGUCACAUGGGCAGUACAGGAGGCUACCUUCAUUCAGACAUCCAUCUCUAUGAAUCUGGGAGCAAGCAGCAACGGGUCACAUUGUAUCCUUUCAACGACAUUAACAAUGUAUGGGUGGUUCAACGUCCUUCGCGCCGUUGGAAUGAAUCACAGCCGAUUGAAUAUAUCAAGCACAAUGAACCUAUUCUACUUGAACAUGUAUCGACAACCAAACGACUUCAUUCACACGAUCAUAAACCGCCUAUCAGUGGCGCCGACGAGCAUUCUGAAGUAACUGCUUACGGAGAUCAAUAUAUCGACGACCCUAAUGAUAUCUGGUUUGUUCAAGUCAUUGGCGAACCUGUCGAGUCAAACCCGGAAAGAAAGCCGAGAUAUGUUCAACCGAUCAAAGACCGACUAAAAUUAGUUCAUAUCCGAGGCUGUUCUCUCAUUAGCCAUCAUGUAACGUUAUCCGAGCAAACGUUUGCCCAGCAGGAAGUGACUUGCAUGCAGCAGGCCACCACCGAAAUUUCUUCGUGGAUUAUCGAAUCCGCCCACCAUGAUAUGUUGCGCGCGUCUAAAAAAAUCUCUUUUGCUGAGCCGACCAUGAUGGAAAAGUUGAAGGAAAUCCAUGCUUUGAUGGCGAAAUACCAUGAAAUUGUUCAUGACCAGGUUACCAGCGACAGUAACAGACAAUUUGAAGAACUGCUGCGUAUGGGCUCCAACCUAGGAGAUCCUUUCCGCUGGUUAUUCACACAUCAUGCUUUCAUGAUAUGGCGUGGUUUGGCCGGCUCAGCUCUCUUUAUGUUGAUCAACCCUUCAGUUCGAAUCCCGGUACUAUGUACCUUGGUCGCGUAUGCUGGUUAUUUAUGUAUGGACGCACUGUUACGUAAACGGCAACUGAAGUUCCCGCAGUCUGUCACUCUGAUCCACCCUGACCACAAAGUGACGGCUGACAACUAUGAUGUGCACAAACAGCUGUAUGAACGAACAUUCAAUUAUCUUUCCGUUGCUGUCAUCAUUCAGGCUUUGGGACUCACUUUCACUAACCCAGUUACAUUGAAUAUGGCCGAUAUUCUUCCCAGCAUGUACUAUGGCAGUAGUCUUUUUGCUGUGGGUGUAGAAUUAAUCACAUUACGUGGUGGGCCAAAAAUCCGAUUGCUCGCUGCAGUGGCAAUCUUGAGCUGGACGGUAUGGAGUUUUGCGCGGUCCAGUCCAAUGACUUAUCACGGUCGAUACUGGACACAGCAAGAAUGCGAGGCUUCCGGUUAUGGCGCCAUAUGCGAAGGGUUCCCCGUCAAGGAAACCGAACAAGGAUGGUAUACAAUCCCUGUCAAUAUACCCAACGCAUCGAAAACCACGUCGUAUCAACAAGGAGAAGAGAACGAGGUGGAAAGAGUCAUUAGCCACGUGAAACACAACCAUUAUUUCAAAAAAGCAAUGGAGUUGACGGGCAUGGAAAGAUAUCAUCGCGCGAUUCAUACCGCUUCGCCAUCAGCUGAAAUGGUCCAGUCGUGGCAGCGCCAAGUGACGGCGGCUGGGCUUGAACGAUACACUCGGCAACUGGAGAAAGCAAAGCAACAAAUGGCCGCGGAGGAGCAUACCGAUCAGGAACACGCCAACCAAGAAAAGCCAAACGGCGCCGUGUCCGAGGGUAAUAAUAGUACCUGACACUAAGAAUAGCCAGAAAGAAGAAGCGGAACACUCCAAUAGCUUGUAUACGAAAAAAAAGGGGAGACAUUUGAAGAUAAAUGAACAUUAUGGCACCAUGAUUUGCCCAUUUUUAUCGUGUCUUAUCUCAGACAGCGAAUAAGCUUUUUGGGAUCCCUUGACAAUGGCAUUAUUGCUGCCAUUCUGUCCGUGUAUUCCAACUUCGCUGCAAUAUUAUUGGCUGAAG